UCCCUACCCGUCACGGCUUCCUUCCUUCCGUUCUCUCUCAUAGUCAUCAUAGCGUUGGAUUCCUUCAUUUUCUGAACAAGGCGAAGCUAUUAGCCCUAGCCAUGCAUACUUACGCUUCGCCCCCCGAACAAGAACAGUUCAUCGAUAAACUGGAGAUUUUCAAGAUCCAAGGCAGAGAUAAGCGUGGGCGAAAGGUGCUUCGCAUCAUAGGGAAGUUCUUUCCUGCUCGAAUUGUGAGCGCGGAGGUUCUGAACAAGUAUCUGGAGGAGAAAAUCUUUCCUCAGUUGGGAGAACGGCCAUUCUCGGUGGUUUACGUGCACACCAAUGUUCAGAGGAGCGAAAACUUCCCUGGAAUCUCGACUCUGCGAUCAAUCUACGAGGCUCUCCCUAUCAACGUCAAAGAGAAUCUCGAAGCCGUUUAUUUUGUUCACCCGGGCCUCCAGUCCAGGCUUUUCCUCGCUACCUUCGGUCGUUUUCUCUUCAGCGGAGGGUUGUACGGGAAGCUGAAAUAUGUUAGCAGGCUGGAAUUUCUGUGGGAACACGUCCGGAGAAACGAAAUCGAGAUCCCGGACUUCGUAUACGAUCACGACGAGGAGCUGGAGUACCGUCCGAUGAUGGAUUACGGGUUGGAGAGUGACCACCCGAGAGUGUACGGCGCACCGACGGUUGAUUCUCCGGUGUCUAUGUACUCGAUGAGAUGUAUCUCAUAAUAGAAUGCGGAGAGGGGGCAGCGGUGGUGAGGAGUGGAGUGGUGAAGGUUUUGAAACUUGAAAAAAAGUCUUGUCUGUGGGCUGAAUUCGAUUUUCUCUGCAACUUCUGCUAGUCUGCUAGGGAUUAGAUGGAUAGGGUUGUCCUUUCUGGAAUUGUUUAGGGGAAUUUCGAGGAUAUACAGAACUGUAAAUAUAAAAAAUUGUAUUAAUCACUGUGGUAAUAGACAGGAAAGAACCCUGCUUCCUGACA